AUGCCUUUCAACUCUCAUAUAAACAACAUUGCAAAAGUAUUGGAAUUAUCCGAGCAAGCAUUUUGUCAUCUGGACAUCAGCACUGUUCCAACUGAAGAGUGCAAGUGCUUGUUCAGAUUUACUUAUACAGAGAUACAAUCAAUGUGUGUUCUUUUCGAAAUGGGAGACAAAGUUUAUAUUGAGAGAGGUUCUUCCACUGUGUUGUCUGUUCCUACCACAGAAGUACUGGUCAUUCUACUUUGCAAAAUGUCUUUUCCCUGUCAAUUGUUAGAUUUGUCUUUGCUUUUUGGCAGGAACUCAACUGAUAUAAGUCGUAUAUCAAACCAUGUUGUGCGUCUACUGCAUCUCAAGUUUGGUAUAGCCAUAAUAUUUGACUAUCGUCAAUUUCGCCCAGAAAAUUUGGUGAAAUUUAGCAAUGCAAUCAGAGCUCUAGGCGUACCAGUUGAGCAUUGUGUUAGGUUCCUCAAUGGUACCUUUAAGGAGACUGCUAAGCUAACCAAGGAACAAAAGACUAAAGUGCACGGUUUUAAUUACCAAGCUGUAGUUACUCCGGAUGUAAUAACUUCAUUUUUUUAUGGCCCAGUAGCUGGAAGACGUCAUUAUAUGACUGUAUUUUACGAAAGUGGUAUUGAAAUGCAUAUGUGUAAAGUAUUUGAUUUCAGGAGUAUUGGUGGACCUUGUUACCACCUUUAUGCUGACAGAGGAUAUACAUCCUCAGAAUUUGUGAUGCGUCCAUUUGCAGAGAUAGAGAAGGAGUUUGGACAUGUAGGAAACUUGUUUGCUUAUGUGAAUUAUGCACAAACACAAAGGAUUCUUCAGGGCAAUGUAAGCUCUUAUUACAUUGUGGCAACGCUCUUCAAAAACUUGCAUGUUUGCUACAACCAUGGAAACCAAACGAGCAUGCGGUUUAAAGUCUCUUCUCCAACACCAAUGGAGUAUAUUGCAGGCCUCUUAAAUCACUAA